CAGCCCGGAGGCGGGCGCGCGGCGGCGCGUGCGCAGUGCGCUCGCCGUGCCGGGAGCCGAGGACCUGGGCCCGGGCCGCGCGGGCUAUGGCGGAGGAGGUGAGCACCCUGCUGAAGGCCACGGUGCUGAUGCGCCAGCCGCGGCGCGUGCGGGAGAUCGUGGGCGCCCUCCGCCGCGCCGGGGGCGACCGGCUGCAGGUGAUUUCUGAUUUUGACAUGACCUUGAGCAGGUUUGCAUGUAAUGGACAGAGGUGCCCUUCUUCCCACAACAUUCUGGAUAACAGCAAGAUCAUCAGUGAAGAGUGUCGGAAAGAGCUCUCGGCCCUUCUGCACCACUACUACCCCAUUGAGAUUGACCCCCACCGGACCAUCAAGGAGAAGCUGCCGCAUAUGGUGGAGUGGUGGACCAAGGCGCACAACCUGCUGUGUCAGCAGAGGAUUCACAAGUCUCAGAUAGCGCAGGUGGUCCAAGAGUCUACCGCCAUGCUCAGGGAGGGAUAUAAGACAUUCUUCAACACACUCUAUCAAAACCACAUUCCCCUUUUCAUCUUUUCGGCGGGCAUUGGUGAUAUCCUGGAGGAACUCAUUCGACAGAUGGAUGUGCUCCACUCCAACAUCCACAUUGUGUCUAACUACAUGGACUUUAAUGAAGAGGGUUUCCUACAAGGAUUCAAGGGCCAGCUCAUCCACACCUACAACAAGAACAGCUCCGUGUGUGAGAACUCCAAUUACUUCCAGCAGCUGCAGGACAAAACCAACAUUAUCCUGCUUGGAGACUCCAUGGGGGACCUCACCAUGGCUGACGGGGUUCCUGGCAUACAGAAUAUCCUCAAGAUUGGUUUCCUGAAUGACAAGGUGGAGGAGCGGCGGGAGCGCUACAUGGAUGCCUAUGACAUCGUACUGGAGAAGGACGAGACCCUGGACGUGGUCAACGGGCUGCUACAACACAUCCUGAGCCAGGGGGACCACGUGGAGAUGCAGGGCUCCCGAGGGGCCGGGCUGUGACCAGGAAGGGGAGCUUCCCCAGGAGGUCACUUCAUCAAGAUCCCAAAGAGAAGUUCAGGGUAGCCCAGAGUUACUGGGCCCUUGCUUAUCCCUGCCUUCUCCCCCAUGACUUUGCUUUCUUCCUGGUCACAGGAGGCUUUUAAGGGAGGCCCUGCUGGGUAGGAGGGCACCAAGCAUGGUUCUUGAUAACCAGCGACCACAGCAUGUGACUGUUAAAUGGAUUGUCUAGUCUAGAGAUCUUUUUUUAAAAAAGAGAAAUGAGGGCUGGGAAUGUAGCUUAGCGACAGCACCUUGACAGGUGUUCUUCCUUGCACCUUAGUGUGUGCAAGGGCCUAGGUUCUAUCCUCAGCACUGCAAAAGAAAAAUAAAAUAAUUUGUUUUUUUUCUAAACACGGGAAGCUGUAUUCCAGACGAACAUAUG